UAGCGCAUUUUUUACCUGGUGGUAAAAGUGCUGACUCCCGUCAUUGUUCGGUGAAAACAGUUAUACAAAAAUUGAUGAUGACAGCUGUAAAUGUCACCUUCUGACGUCUCCGCAGUUCGCCAUCAUUGUCUCUGCAUCGUUUUGUCGAAAAAGACGUUAAUUUCACCCACGAGAUAAUCCACUGAGCAGCAGCAAUGGGUCACGGAUUCGGUGAAUUGGCCAAGGUGCGCGGUAUCGUCACCCACAAGAUUUCCUCGUACGAACAGAAAGCCUUCGCCGGAUGGUGGACCAAGGCGAUCCCCAACACCCUCCGGCGGAUCCGGUCUCAGAUCUUCAUCGUGACGCCCCCAUUCGUCAUGGGCUAUCUGGUGUACAACUAUGUGGAGAACCUGCACACCCAAAUCAACCGCAAGAACCCAGCUGACUACGAAAACGAUUCCUAAGAUGGGAGUCACGGGCUCGGCGGAGAUUGCAAGUCAACCUGCUAUGCUUUCUAUUUGUAAAUCGUAACUAGAGAGGAAUAAAUCCAAGAACUGUUCGCCAAUCCA